CAGAUUGAAAAUGGGCCUCAAAUUGAUUGCCUCAAUUUAAAAUGCUGACGUCUCAUUGGUUGCUGUUUCAUUUCGAUACCAGUCGCAGAAAACGUUGUCAUAUAGGCACCACUUGAUUUGAAAAAAUCUUCAUUCCGAGACCCCAACCUUUGGAACUCCAAUAAUAAAGUCGGAUCUAUUACCUCUAAACUGCUUGAUUAACUUGGGAAGGGUAGUUGAAAUGAAGCACAGGUACGGAUUCCCGCCCAAAAUCGGAGAGCCGAGAGAGGUGAAGUUGUGCAUGGAGAGCAUAGAAGAUCUAUGGCACAUGUACAACAUAAUAGCCCCGGGAGACACCAUCAAAUGCAAGACCAGUCGUAAGGUAGUCCAGCAGUCAGACACUGGCAGUUCCAAGACCCAGAGAAUCACGAUGACACUGACUCUUUGUGUGAUAACAGUCACUUAUGAUUUCGACGUUGGAGAGCUCGCCAUCAAGGGUAAAAACGUAGAAAAGAAUGAGCACGUUCGCCUUGGUGCUCAUCAUAAAAUAGAUCUAAAGCUGAACGAGUUCUUCACCCUCGGUAAGCAGGAAUGGGAUUCGAUCUCAGUCGAGAGGAUCCUAGAUGCUUGUGAUCCAGACAGCACUGCAGAACUGGCAGCUGUUACAAUGCAAGAUGGACUAGCUUAUGUGUGUUUGAUCACACCUUCGAUGACCUUGACCAAGCAGAAGGUUGAAAUCAACAUUCCGAGGAAGACACCUGGAAUGACAUCUGCAAAAGAAAAGGCAAUUUUGAAAUUCCAUGAGCAGGUACUGCAGGCCAUGUUGACCCAUCUCAAUUUCUCUGUGCUGAAGUGUGUAAUAAUAGCCAGUCCAGGAUUCGUCAAAGACGACUUCAUGAAAUACGUCAAUGCACAGAUCCAAGCGGACAAAGUGCCCCUAAACGAGCACAAGAGUAAGUUUGUGUUGGUCCAUUCUGACUCGGGCUACAAACACUCGUUGAACGAACUACUGACCGAUGAGUCACUCGUGAACAAACUAAGCGACGUCAAGGCUCUCAAAGAGGUGCGUGCUUUGGAUAGCUUCAAGAAACUGAUGUUUAAUAGUCCAGACAGAGCUAUCUACGGCCCCAAGGCAGUCAUGAAGGCGAGUGAGGCACAAGCCAUAGAAGAACUGCUCAUUACGGACACUCUUUUCAGAAGUAGGAACUUCGUGGUGAGGAAGCAGUUCGUGCAGUUGGUCGAAGAUGUCAGGGACUGCGGAGGCGAAGUACGCAUUCUAUCCAGUCUUCACGAGUCAGGACAGUAUCUGGACAGACUGACUGGCAUAGCAGCCCUGCUGCGGUUCCCGAUGCCAGAACUAGACAUGAUGUGUGAGUCGGAGGACGAAGAGGACGACAACGACGGAGCAGGUGGAGGUGCGAACGGGGAUGUAUCAGAUGACGAUAUGGAGAAUAAUGGUAUCGAAGCUAACCCGAACCACUGAAAAAUCAACUGAUAAACUCAAGCAUUAGAUAAAUUUAAUGACGCAUUUUAAGCUCCUGUUCUGACUGACCUGCAAUUCGGAAUCGAUCGCAGUUAAGUUUGAAGUGUUAAACAGCUGAGUCAUAUGAUUUAAAUCUGCAUAAAAAGCAACUAGACGUAGAAGAGCAGGUUACCAGCAAUACCAGUAAUUAUGAGAAUUUGUAUUUAUUAGUAAAAUUCAAAAGAUUAGGAGCUUAGACCAAGUUGAAUAAUAAUUAACGACCAAGUUGAAUAAUAAUUAACAUUCAACUGAUUGUAAAGUUAUACUAGAUUAUUUCAACUGCCUAGUCAUGUAGCAACACGUGCUGUAAAACAUACUAGUAGUUAGCUGUAACGUAUUUAUGUUUAGGCAAUAUAGUUUUGACUUUAA